GUUUAAAAAAAACAACAACUUUAUUGCGCUUUUUUAUUUUGGAAACAACUCUUUCAUUCAUCCAUUCAUGUGAUGUACUGAGCGCUCUGCCUCAUAUGGGAAAGGGUUAUUGGACAACCUCUUGAUGAAGAACAGUCUGCAUUGUUUCCCAGCGCUCAGCACAAGUAGCGGUUUUGUACAGAGGGAGCAGACAGAGAAUCACCAGUCUGGGAUCAUCAUCAUAUUGCCGGAACUAUGGCAACUUACCAGUCACUUGGUCAACUGCAUUGAUUAUUGUGAGCUGGUUCCAUUCAGCUUCAGCAGAAGCAGCCACAGCAGACAAAGAGAGCUUUGAUUCUUCAGUAUGCAAUAGGACUUUGUUACUGGUGUGAAGAUGAAUCAGGAAUUGCAUUAUAUGUUUGUGAAAUUUGCUCGGGUGUGGAUCCCUGAUGCAGAGGAGGUGUGGAAGUCGGCCGAGCUGGUGAAGGACUACAAGCCGGGAGAUGGCAUCCUACACCUGCAGCUGGAGGAGGGGCAGGAAAUUGAACACAAGUUGGACCCCAAGACGAAAAACCUUCCUCACCUGCGGAACCCUGACAUCUUGGUGGGAGAAAAUGACCUCACGGCGCUCAGUUACCUGCACGAGCCGGCGGUGCUGCACAAUCUCAAAGUGCGCUUCAUCGACUCCAAACUCAUCUAUACCUACUGUGGUAUCGUUUUGGUGGCCAUCAACCCAUAUGAAACGCUGCCCAUCUACGGUGCCGACAUCAUCAAUGCCUACAGCGGGCAGAACAUGGGCGACAUGGACCCGCACAUAUUUGCUGUGGCAGAGGAAGCGUACAAGCAGAUGGCGAGGGAUGAGCGUAACCAGUCCAUCAUCGUGAGUGGAGAGUCUGGUGCGGGCAAGACGGUGUCUGCCAAGUACGCCAUGCGCUACUUCGCCACAGUCAGCGGCUCAGCCAGCGAGGCCAAUGUGGAGGAGAAGGUGCUGGCCUCCAACCCCAUCAUGGAGUCAAUUGGAAACGCCAAAACCACCCGUAAUGACAACAGCAGUCGUUUCGGGAAGUACAUCGAGAUCGGCUUCGACAAGCGAUUCCACAUCAUAGGUGCCAACAUGAGGACUUACCUGCUGGAGAAGUCUCGAGUGGUGUUUCAGGCGGACGAGGAGCGCAAUUACCAUAUCUUCUACCAGCUGUGUGCCUCCUCCCAUUUGCCGGAGCUCAAAACACUCAAACUAGGCAAAGCAGAUGAAUUCCACUACACUAAGCAGGGCGGGAACCCUGUCAUCGAUGGGGUGAACGACGCCAAGGAAAUGACAAACACCAGACAAGCGUUUACGUUGCUAGGUAUCAACGAAUCAUAUCAAAUGGGACUCUUUAAUAUCCUGGCUUCGAUCCUCCACCUUGGCAACGUGGAAAUUAAGGACCGUGAUGCAGACAGCUGUCAAGUACCGCCAAACAACAGCCACCUGACAGUGUUCUGCGAGCUGAUGGGCGUGACCUACCAGGACAUGUCCCAUUGGCUCUGCCACAGGAAGUUGAAGACGGCCAAUGAGACGUACAUCAAGACCACCCCCAAGCUGCAGGCCAUCAACUCGCGUGACGCCCUGGCCAAGCACAUCUACGCCAAGCUCUUCAACUGGAUCGUGGACCAUGUCAACCAGGCCCUGCACGCCAAUGUCAAACAGCACUCCUUCAUUGGCGUCCUGGACAUUUACGGGUUUGAGACGUUUGAAAUCAACAGCUUUGAGCAGUUUUGUAUCAAUUACGCCAAUGAAAAGCUGCAACAGCAGUUCAACAUGCAUGUCUUCAAACUGGAACAAGAGGAAUACAUGAAGGAGCAGAUUCCCUGGACGCUGAUUGACUUCUACGACAACCAGCCGUGCAUCAAUCUCAUAGAGUCCAAGAUGGGCAUCUUGGAUCUGCUGGAUGAAGAGUGCAAGAUGCCAAAGGGUUCCGAUGACUCGUGGGCACAGAAGCUAUACAACACCCACCUGAAGACCUGUGCUCUCUUUGAGAAGCCACGGAUGUCCAACAGGGCUUUCAUCAUCCAGCACUUUGCUGAUAAGGUGGAGUACCAGUGUGAUGGCUUCCUCGAAAAGAAUAAAGACACAGUCAACGAGGAGCAAAUCAACGUCCUGAAGGCCAGCAAGUUUGACCUCCUGGUGGAGCUGUUUCAAGAUGAGGAGAAGGCCACCACCCCCACGGGGCCCACAGGCAAGCGCAUGCUCAGCGUCAAGCCAGACCCAAGGGGGCGGCCCAACCAGAGCAGCAAGGAACACAAGAAAACGGUCGGACUCCAGUUCCGAAACUCGCUCCAUCUUCUCAUGGAGACCCUAAAUGCAACCACCCCUCACUACGUCAGGUGCAUUAAGCCCAACGACUUCAAAUACCCCUUCACGUUUGACCCCAAGCGUGCGGUUCAGCAGUUAAGGGCGUGCGGUGUGCUGGAGACCAUUCGAAUUUCUGCUGCUGGCUUCCCAUCCAGGUGGACCUAUCAGGAGUUCUUUAGCCGCUACCGUGUUCUCAUGAAGCAGAAAGAUGUUCUGGCAGACAAGAAACUCACUUGCAAGAAUGUUCUGGAACAGCUGGUGCAGGAUCAAGACAAGUACCAGUUUGGUAAGACCAAGAUCUUCUUCCGGGCGGGUCAGGUAGCCUACUUGGAGAAGUUGAGAGCGGACAAGCUGCGUGCAGCCUGCAUCCGCAUCCAGAAGACCAUCCGCUGCUGGCUGGCUCGUAAGAAGUACCUGAGGAUGAAGAAGGCCUCUGUCACCAUCCAGAGAUUCGUCCGCGGACACCUGGCCAGACGGCUGGUCAAGUUCAUGCGCAGGACGCGUUCCGCCAUCAUCAUCCAGAAGUACCAGCGUAUGUACGUGGAGAGGACGCGCUUCAAGCGCAAGAAGGCCGCCGCCCUGGCCAUGCAGUGCAUCCUCAGAGCCUACCUGGCCCGCCAGUCUUACAACAAGCUCCUGCGAGAGCACAAGACGAUCCUGAUCCAGAAGAUGGUGCGCGGCUGGCUGGCUCGCCAGUGGUACAAGCGCUCCAUGGCGGCCAUCGUCUACCUGCAGUGCUGCGUGCGCCGCAUGCGGGCCCGGCGCGAGCUCAAGAAGCUGAAGAUCGAGGCGCGCUCCGUGCAGCACUACAAGAAGCUCAACAUCGGCAUGGAGAACAAGAUCAUGCAGCUCCAGAGGCGCAUCGAAGAACAGAGCAAGGAGAACAAGGUGAUCAACGAGCGUCUGAAUGGGCUGGAGAGCUCGCACGCUGUGGAGACGGAGAAGCUGAAGAAGGAGGUGGGCCGCCUGCGCAACGCGGAGGAAGACGCCAAGGUCAACAGCAACAAGGUGACCUCGCUGCUGGAGGAGCUGGCACGCCUCCGGCAGGAGCUGGCCACCACCCAGAAGGACAAGAAGGUCAUCGAGGACUGGGCGGAGAAGUACCGCGACGAGAUGGAACAGAUGGUGUCCGAGCUAAAGGAGCAAAACGGGCUUCUAAAAGGCGAAAAGGAGGACCUAAAUCGUCUGAUUCAGGAGCAGAGUCAGCAGAUGACGGAGAAGAUGAAGCGAGUUCUUCAGGAGGAGACUCAGCAGCUGGAGAGCGAUCUGAACGAGGAGCGAUCGCGCUACCAGAACCUGCUGACGGAACACCUGCGCCUGGAGGAACGCUACGACGACCUCAAGGAGUCCAUCACCAUCGCCGUGCCCAAGCCUGGCCACAGGAGGACAGACUCCACUCACAGCAGCAACGAGUCCGAAAGUACCUACAUGUCCGAGUUUGCCGAGUCCGAGGAAGGAUCCCGCGCUGGGGAGGACAUGACCAGGGGAGGGGACAUGUCGACCUUCCUGAAGAUGCAGAAGAGGGUGUCGGAGCUGGAGCAGGACAAGCACUCUCUGCAGAACGAGCUGGACCGUCGAGAGGAGCAGUUCCAGCGGGCUAGAGCCAGGGAUGAUGAGGAACACAAGAAGGCUCGUAGUGCAGAACUAGAAUACGAGUCUCUUAAGCGCCAAGAGCUGGAGUCUGAGAACAAGAAGCUGAAGCACAACCUGAACGACAUGCGGCAGCUGCUGAGCGGCAACGCGGGUGCUGGCUCCUCGGCGCCCGGCUCGCCCGCCUACAAGGUGCUUCUGGAGCAGCUCAACUCCGCCAACGAGGAGCUGGACGUGCGCAAGGACGAGGUGCUGAUCCUGCGCUCACAGCUCGUUAGCCACAAGGAGGCCAUGCAGCAUAAGGAGACGAUGACUGAGCCCAUGUCGCACCCAGAGGACCUCCACAAGAUGAAGGAUGCUGGGGAGAUCACCCAGGCCUACAUGGGCCUCAAAGACAACAACAGAUCACCCAGGUGUUUACGCAAACCGCUCGAAGUGAACGAGCUGGUGAAUAGGCUGAGAUCUGCACCAGAUUACCAUAAGAUGAAUGAGGAUGGAGAGCUCUGGCUGGUUUAUGAAGGGUUAAAAGAAACCAACAGGCUGCUGGAGUCUCAGCUGCAGAUGCAGCGGCGGCGCGGGGAGGAGGAGGUGGAGGGCCUGCGUGGCGAGCUGCAGCGCAUGAAGGAGGAGAACAACCGGCAGCAGCAGCUCCUGGCCCAGAACCUGCAGCUGCCCCCGGAGGCCCGCAUCGAGGCCAGCCUGCAGCACGAGAUCACCCGCCUCACCAACGAGAACCUGGAAAUGCAAAAUACAGACGACCCAGAAAAAAUUCGACAGUAUCGAAUCAGCGUAUUAAAGCGGAUGAUUGACCUCAUGGAGCAGCUGGAGAAACAGGACAAGACGGUCCGCAAACUCAAGAAGCAGCUCAAGGUCUUUGCCAAGAAGAUUGGCGAACUGGAAGUGGGGCAGGGAGAGAGCGUGUCCCCGGGGCAGACGGUGGAUGAGCCCAUCCGGCCGGUCAACAUCCCCCGCAGGGAGAAGGACUUCCAGGGCAUGCUGGAGUACAAGAAGGAGGAUGAGCUGAAGUUGGUCAAGAACCUCAUCCUGGAGCUGAAGCCGCGAGGCGUGGCCGUGAACCUGAUCCCGGGGCUGCCGGCCUACAUCCUCUUCAUGUGUCUGCGGCACGCCGACUACGUCAACGACGACCAGAAGGUCCGCUCCCUGCUCACCUGCACUAUCAACAGCAUCAAGAAGAUACUCAAGAAAAGGGGAGAUGAUUUUGAGACGGUGUCCUUCUGGCUCUCCAACACAUGCCGCUUCCUCCACUGCUUGAAACAGUACAGCGGUGAUGAGCAAUUCAUGAAGCACAACUCCACGAAGCAGAAUGAGCAUUGCCUGUCCAACUUCGACCUGGCGGAGUAUCGUCAGGUGCUGAGCGACCUGGCCAUCCAGAUCUAUCAGCAGCUUAUCAAGUGCAUGGAGAACAUCCUGCAGCCCAUGAUUGUGUCCGGCAUGCUGGAGCACGAGACCAUCCAGGGCGUGUCGGGCAUAAAGCCCACGGGCCUGCGCAAGCGCACCUCCAGCAUCGCCGACGAGGGCACCUACACGCUGGAAUCCAUCCUGCGGCAGCUCAACGCCUUCCACUCCAUCAUGUGCCAGCACGGCACCGACCCCGAGCUCAUCAAGCAGGUGGUCAAGCAGCAGUUCUACAUCAUCGGAGCUGUGACCCUCAACAACCUGCUGCUGCGCAAGGACAUGUGCUCCUGGAGCAAGGGCAUGCAGAUAAGGUAUAACGUGAGCCAGCUGGAGGAGUGGCUUCGGGAGAAGAACCUGAUGAUGUGCAGUGCCAAGGAGACUCUGGAGCCCCUCAUUCAGGCCGCUCAGCUGCUUCAGGUCAAGAAGAAGACCGACGAGGACGCCGAGGCCAUCUGCUCCAUGUGCAACGCCCUCACCACCUCUCAGAUUGUGAAGGUCCUCAACCUGUACACUCCACUCAAUGAAUUCGAAGAACGAGUGUCUGUGACCUUCAUACGAACCAUUCAGACUCGCUUACGAGAUCGGAUGGAAUCUCCACAGCUCCUCAUGGACACGAAAAUGAUCUAUCCGGUCACAUUCCCCUUCAACCCUUCCUCCCUCGCCCUGGAGACCAUCCAGAUCCCCACCAGCCUCAACCUGGCCUUCCUCACACGUGUCUAAACAAACAAACAAACACACAAACAAUAAAAGAAAAUAAAUAUCCACCCCCACCCCCAGCUACACCGCACACAAGCUUACACCCAAGCCUGAGCACCGUUACUGUCCUUUUCCCUAACAGUGAAAUCCAUCUCCUUGGCUUAUUUCAGCAUCUUUACUUUUCAACCAGAAGCAGAUUCAGGUAUGUGUGUAUGUGUGUGGUUGUGUGUAUUUGAAAGUGAAAGUCACAUUUGGGAAAGUCCCAUUGUCGUUGUGCCACGGCACACUGCAGCACAAGUUGCCCUAAAAGAAAUUGUUUGUUGGGAGGGGGUUACCAUGGUACCUCAGUCAUGGAGGAGGAUGGGGAAGAGUGCUGGUUAUUCACUCCCCCCACUUCACUCAUUUGGUGGUGUCGGGAUUCGAACCAGCAACCCUCAGGCUUCAAUCCUGACUCAAUCCCUAAUCGCUUGCCCCAAUGACUGACCCCUCCCAUGUGCGCUUGUGUCUGUGUGUGUGUGUGUGUGUGUUUGCGCACAUGUAUGCGUGCGUAAAGAUGCGUGGUAAGUGGUGUGGUGGGUGUUUCACCACAACUUUUUGUUCUGGAAUGUAUCAGAACCUGCAGGUUUUCCUCUUUCUCGUUAUAGCAUAUCAUGCUCUAGCGUCCAUUGGUCUGUAUCAUACUUAGAUGCCUAGAAAUAUUAUAUAUCAUGCUUGUAUUGUUUUAUUUAUUGCUCUAGAUAAUUGUUGUCUGAGCUUUAGACACUGAUAUUAAAAAAUAGAAUCAUUCAGCACCACAAUGUCACUUUUGAUGACUUGGAAAAGAGCCAUGUCAUUCUUGUGGAGGACAAAAAAAUAAAACAUAAUGUUUAUCUCCUAAACAAAAAGGACGGCGCGCUUUACCUUGCUCUCCUUUUCGGUCUGUAAUUUUUACUGUAGCCAUUUUCUGUUUUGUUAGUUAUUACGUGUAAUUGUGAUGGGAAGUUAGCAUAUUUAUUUAGCGGUGUCAGAUGGGACAGGCACACUGAAGAAGAGAUCCAAAGGCUGCUGUAGAAAGUCCAUGCCUCCUCUUCCUCACCUUCCUCUUCCUCAAUAUCAAUAUUGUUUACAAAGUCAGGUUGAAUUCUGUUGUCAUGAGUGGCACAGGUCAUCGAGCUCUUGAGCUCUAUUGGUUUACUGGACUGGUCCAGGCAGAGGGUGAUGAUGGGUCUUGAGUUUAUGAAGGCCACCAGCUUCGUGUGUGCUAGUUAGUGUGCACAUCUGGAAGACACAAAGACCUUCUUGCCCAAAUCCAUGUCUUCUAAAGAGUGGCAUGUUACUCAGGCUACCGGAGUUGACUAUCUGGGUAAUGCCAACCGGUGUACAGUUAGGUCUUUGGGGAUCCAUCCUUGUAAGGACUUUUGCUGGUCUGUUGAUGUGCAUAUACAAAAGCACACUGGCUAUUCCAUUAAGUUCCUAUCUACUGAUCAGAGUCUCUCUGCUGAUAUCAUAGGUCAUGUUUUUUAAAAGUUGAGGUUAAAUUAUGUGAUUCAGUAUUAAAAGAUUUACGAAGUGAGGACUGACAUUUGGUUUAUCGGUUAUGUGGUUGUUCCGUUAGCAGACUGUUUUUUUUUUUCUUUGUUUGUUUUACUGACUUUUUUGUAUGGGCUUAUUUAACUAUUUUUUUUGCUGCUGAUGUGCGCCUUUGCAGUGUGUGUCAGUGCUCCUAGCUUUGCUGUACAGAUAUCACCAACCUCCAAUCCAACAACACCAGUCCCCACCACCCACACAGUCCACUAGAAAAUCUGUGGUUGCUUGUGUAUAUAAUGUAUCAAUUGUUUUCUCUCCAUCUCACCAACCACAAUUCAGAAUAUAAGUGUGUGGAGGCAGCCGUCUUGCAUGCACAACUGCUGCUCCAUCUCCAGUCCGCCUGCAUGGGCCAGUCAGCCACAGCAUUAGCCCCCGAUGUCCAUGGGUAGAGAAAUGACGCCCACAGUGGCCUGGACACACUAAACAAACAAAAAAUAUGCUAACUUCUAAAGAAACCACAAACACAUACAGAUCAUCAUGCCUUACUCCUCUUUACAUGUACAGUACGUUUUAGCUGGUUAGAAUCCGUCCUCCCACCCACACUAGUACACACACAUACACCCUACACACAACUUGACAUCAACCGUUAUCUAACAACAUAGAUAAAUAUGCCCAUGUGGAUUCCAGUAGACUCUUCCAUUCGUCCCAAUGGUGUUAAGCAGCUGAGAUCGGAUGCGCUAGCUACAGCUACAGCUAGUUGACGUUUCCAUGUCUCAGGUUUCUUGGAACUUUUUGCGUGUGGUGGAGUGAAUCCAGAGGGGGAUUCUUGAAUAUCAUUUCCAUUUUAUUUGGGACCAUGACUCUUGUGUUUUUACGUUGAUGUUUUUGCCUUCUCAUUUUGACAUUAUCAUGUUUUGUGUUGCGUUGGAAGAAAAUGAAACUAAACUAAUAAUAAAUGUUAUUGUUUAAAGUGUACAAAAUAAUAAUAUAUGAAUUGAAAUAAAUAGGAUAGGGUGAGUCAAAACUGGAAAGGUUAAUUUGUCCAUCUCUUAUUGUUUGGUUUUGCUAUUUUUUUUAUAUUUUAUGUGUUAUCCAUUCUGCAUAUUUUUGUUUUGUUGCCCCAGUCCUGAAGUUCAUGUUAUGUGGAACGGGUGUGUUGUAACUUAUUGUGCUCUUAUGCUGGUUCAAUAUCACUUAAGUAUAGAUGACAAUGAAGACAGUCCACAUGUUUUUUUUUGUCUUGCAAACAAUUUGGAGAGAAUAUUUAGAUCUCGCUACUUGGAACAGGUUCCAAGGUGUUAUAUGAAUGAAAGUCUGUGUAGGUCAGGUCAGAAAAUGAUCAUAUACUGAGAAAUACAAAGGUGGGAGAUACACACAAAAUGAUGAUGGAAAUAGUGAAAAUAAUAUUGAGAAUUUUAAUAAUGAUAUCAGAAGUGUGACAGUUCAUACUUGCGUGUGUGAGUGUGUGUCUGUGCCCAUACAGUACAUCUGACUACUUUCACAACCAUGAUGAACGAUAUUGCUGUUUUUUAUUAUUUUAUUGUAUUCUAUUUUGUCUGUACCAGCUGGGAUGUCAUAUGCUUCUUAUUCAACAUUUAAAAAAUGCGUUGCACUAUUUAGAACUUGUUCUUGAAAUUACCAUAAGGUUGGAUGUCUUAGUCAGGAGGUUUCCGUGUGAUGUUAAGAUGUGCUGUUAAGUUUAAAAAGGUUUAAGAGUAAAAAGUUCCGUCAUCUCAUCCAGGCCCCAUGGAAAGAGGCUGCACGCCAUACCUGUAUUGCUUUAUUCUCCUCCCCCCUCCCUAUUUCACGCUUUGACGCUGUUUGAUGAUGCUCUCCCUUUGCCUAAUCUGUAACACUGCAGAAACCCUGGAAAGUACCGUAACUUUGAAGUACUGUCCCCCUUCAGUCACUUCAUUCAGGUGUAAAUGCUCUUCAUGUCCAUGAAGUGGAGUCAUCAAAAGGGUCCAGUAUGUAAAUUUGAAAAGAACUUAAAAAGCUGUUUGUAGUCCCUGUUAGCUAUGAUUAUUAAAUGUCUAUAUCCAUUGGAAAAAAAUAACAUGGAGUAAGGUUCAACUGUCAUACUUGUAAAAGAUAACGAUUAAAUGAAUCCAGCACUGUC